AUUACAGAAAUGCUAGUAAUUUGCUAAUAUAGGAGAUGAAGCUGGAGAGGAAAACAGAGCCCUCAUUUGUUCCUUGGGGAUUUGGGAGUCUUCAGCUCAUGUAGGUGGAAGCUAUGGCUGUAGAUGUAAACAGGGAGAUCAUCCAGACAAGAUUAGGGACAAAAUCCUUACAAGCAUCAGCAUUUAAGAGGGCAACUGACGAUAAGAAGGGCUGGCCUAGACAAAGCAGCUAACAAUAUCAGUGAACCUAAGGAGGGUGUGCUCUACAGGGUCAAUUGAAAUGAGGAUUGAAAUUUUCCCAUUGGAUCUGAAAAUUAGAAGGUCCUCUGGAGGCUCUCAUUAUUGUACUGUUAGGUUGAAGGAGCCAAAGUUGAAUUGCAGUGGCUUAAACAAGCGGGGACUUAGGAAUGGAGACAAGGAGUGUAUGUGUACAGAUAGAAGGAGUGUAUCUGCCAACUUCCUUUUUUCCCUUCUUUUCUUUCGCAACCCUUGCUCAAUCGUAAUACAGACUCUCCCAUUUUCUCCUUCUGUAUCCUCAGCAGCUAGCACCCUAUCUGAAAUAGAACAGUCACUCAGUAAAAUUCUGUUGAACUAAGUAACCCCACGCUAUCCUAUCUGAAACAGAACAGUCACUCAAUAAAAUUUUGUUAAACCAAGUAAGCCCACACUAUCCUAUCUGAAAUAGAAUAGUCACUCAAUAAAAUUUUGUUGAACUAAGUAACCCCACGCUAUAACCUAUAGAGGGAGUAAAAGAAAGUCACUCUUACCUAUAGCAGGAGCUGAAAGAAAACCACAGGGAGUGUUAACCUAUAGGAGAAGCUGAAAGAAAAUCGCAAGGAAAUGAACCUAUAGGAGGAGCUGAAAGUAAAUCUCUGGGAAAUGUUAACCACACACUUUCACCUCUAGGAGGAGGGUGAAGCUUCUUGUCUUCCAGACAUUCCCGAGGAAAACUUGCACGAGGAGUCUGGCAAGGAGUGCCACCCUUUGCUGCCUUCGCCAGUGAGCACAAAGCCACAUUUCAAAGGAAACUGACAAAUUAUCCCCAGCUGCCAGAAGGAGAAAUCCUCACUGGACGGCUUCCUGUUUCCUGUGGUUCAUUAUCUGAUUGGCUGCAGGGAUGAAAGUGUUUGAGUUCAUAGGAGUGAUGGUCCUCCUCACCUCCGCGUUUUCAGCCUGUUCAGGACAAAGUCCAAUGACUGUGCUAUGCUCCAUAGAUUGGUUCAUGGUCACAGUGCACCCCUUCAUGCUAAACAACGAUGUCUGUGUACACUUUAAUGAGCUACACAUGGGUCUGGGUUGCCCCCCAAACCAUGUUCAGCCACAUGCCUACCAGUUCGUCUACCGUGUUACUCAAUGUGGCAUCAGGGUCAAAGCUGUCUCUCCAGACACGAUUAUCUACAGCACUGAGAUACAUUACUCUUCCAAGGGCACGCCAUCUAGAUUUGUGAUCCCAGUGUCAUGUGCUGCCCCCAAAAAGUCCCCAUGGCUCACCAAGCCCUGGGGUUUCAUGAGAGUAGCCAGCAAGAGCAGGGCCACAGCCCAGAAGGAUGAGAAAUGCUCUGAGGUAUUCGCCUCGUCACAGCCCAGCCAAAGGCCCAACUGCGAUUGUCCACCUUGUGUCUUCAAUGAAGAAGAGCAUACCCAGGUCCCCUGUCACCAAGCAGAGGCUCAGGAGGCCCGACCUCUGCAGCCAUCUCACUUUCUUGAUAUUUCCGAAGAUUGGUCUCUUCGCGCAGAUGAUCUGAUUGGAUCCAUGUGAUCCCCAGGGUUGGAAUCUCCUGAACAUGUUAUUUCUAGAGUUAGUAUGUAGUGUACAAAUAUCUCACAAAUAAGUGCUCUUAUGCUAUUCACGUGAGCACUUUUGAGAAAGAGCAACCCAUAGCAACCUCAUGAAUUAAGCCUUUUUCUAUAUUUUUAUAAUCAUGUGUAAACAAAAAAAUAAAAUUCUGAUUGCAUAAAAAUA